AUGGUGGGACACCUCAAAUUGCGUGAUAUUAACUUUAUAACAGAUCCUUGUCCAAAUACUAUAUCUCCUUGUUUCACUUAUAUCUUUGAUAAAAGCUUUAAAGUACUAAAAACAAGCGUAUACAUACUUUUAAGUUACCAUGAUUUUUUUACAAGAUUUAUAGAAUAUACGAAUUUUUUUAAAAAUUUAUAA